CAAUCACUCCAACAAUUCACCACUCACUUCAUCAAACUCUCUUUGAACCAAAAUAGACUCAAUCAUCUUCAAAAUGCAGUUCUCUACCGUUACCGCCAUGAUGGCUUUCUUCCUCGCUGCCGCAACUGGAGUCACCGCGAAGCACCACACCCGCCUCCACUGCAUCACUGCCUCUGGCAGCGGGCAAUUUAUCUUCGGCUUCCCUAAUGAUGCUGUGACCAACAAAGUCUGCCCUAGCUUCUGCUCCGACUGCACACUCGGUGACGACGACGGUCACCGUGUUUGCAACUCUCCCGGCAAGGAGAUGGACGGUGAUGGUUUCUCGAACGCUUGCAUCGCUGCCGGUGCCAAUGGCAGUGAAUAA